AGUCAAGUAAGGUUUAGUCGGUUACCAAAGUAGGGUGAAGGUCUGAUAUCCGGGUACUGUCUGGUGUUGUUUCUCAACCUGUCAGUUGCAUUGCACGGAAUUCAAAGUGAACAUUGACUGUCAUCUUCUAAAGAAACAGGUUUAUCCCUUUUCAGUUUAUUUGUGAAAAAUAAACACAAACUGGAUACCCAGGAACAUAAGGAAGGUACUGGUCAAAUUAUUGUAAGACGUAAUAUCCAAAUGGAGAUCAGAGACCAAAAAACAAUAGCAGAGGAUAGCAGGCAAUCUGAGGAUGAACAGGACCAGUUGUCUGAAAUGGAAUUGAUGGAGGAAGAGGAGGAAGAGGAAGAGGAAGAAGAAGAAGAAGAAGAAGAUAAUGAUAAUGCUGUUCCUGAUGAGGGAUUCAUGGGAAUUGCACCACUUCUGCAAGCGCAUCAUGCUAUGGAGAAGAUGGAGGAAUUUGUACAUAAGGUUUGGGAAGGAAGAUGGAGAGUCAUACCUCAUGAUGUACUUCCUGACUGGCUUAAAGACAAUGACUAUCUACUCCAUGGUCACAGACCACCAAUGCCCUCAUUCAGAGCUUGUUUUAAAAGUAUUUUUAGAAUCCACACAGAGACUGGGAAUAUCUGGACACAUUUAUUAGGUUGUCUCUUCUUCCUCUGUCUGGGGGUUUUCUACAUGUUCCGACCUAACAUAUCCUUUGUGGCACCAAUCCAGGAGAAAGUUGUGAUUGGCAUGUUUUUCCUGGGAGCAAUUCUUUGCCUGUCCUUCUCUUGGUUGUUCCAUACAGUCUACUGUCACUCAGAAGGUGUCUCCCGUGUUUUUUCAAAGUUGGACUAUUCUGGCAUUGCUUUCCUUAUAAUGGGAAGUUUUGUUCCAUGGCUCUACUAUUCCUUCUACUGCUCCCCACAACCCUGCUUUAUCUAUCUAAUGGUGAUCUGUGUAUUGGGGAUAACCUGCAUCACUGUUUCUCAGUGGGAUCGUUUUGCCACACCCCAGUAUCGAGGGGUCAGAGCAGGUUUGUUUGUGGCAUUGGGUCUAAGUGGAGUGGUUCCUACUUUACACUAUGUGAUCUCUGAAGGAUUUCUGAAGGCUGCUACCAUGGGACAGAUGGGUUGGUUGUUCCUGAUGGCCACUCUGUAUAUCACUGGUGCCUGCCUUUAUGCUGCACGCAUCCCUGAAAGGUUCUUUCCUGGGAAAUGUGACAUCUGGUUCCACUCGCAUCAGCUGUUUCAUAUCCUGGUUGUUGCUGGUGCCUUUGUUCAUUUCCAUGGAGUGUCUAACUUACAGGAAUUUCGGUACAUGUCUGGAGGAGGCUGCACAGAAGACCAAACAUUGUAAAAAACAGCAGCACAAGCAGGAGAAUGUGGCCAUGACUAAGACAUUGUUCAUGCUGAACUGCUUUUUGUAAACUCCGUGUUUAAAUAUUAAGACUCUUCUACGCACAACUACAGAGAAUUUUUUGAAAACCAAUUAAAUAUAAAUAUAUGUAGAUAAAAAAAUUUAAAUUAUAUAUACACAAAUACAUUUCAAAACAGUGUGAAUUUACUAAAUGCCAUAUUUAAUUUGUGGGGAGAAAAAGUAAUAUUGAGAUUAGCCAAAGCAGGCUUUAAGGUACGUUAAUAAAUAAUGCUUUAGGCCACUUUGUGCAACUGCUUUCUAAUAAUGUAUAAGAUACAGCAUUUUCCUUGUAAAUAAGAUUUCUUAUGUUUGUUUGAAUAUAUUUAUAGCAAGAAAUUAUGUAAUCCCCAUGAAACCAUUUUUUAAAGUGUUCCAAACAGUACCACACACUGUUAAAUCAAACUUUGCACAAGUUAUGUGAAAUCAAGUAUGCAGGGCCAGGGAAGAGCACAUUGCUGUUAGCCAGAUGUUCAUGGUCUAAAAACCUCUCCAGGGAUCUGAACCCAUGUGACCAUCUAGUAUAUGGUUAAAAAUCGAGAUUCCACAGCUGUGUCGAAAAGUGGCUUUAGCACAAUAUUAUGAAGAAGAAAGCCACCUCUUUGUGCCUUAGCUCCUCACUGCUGUGAUACAUGGGACUUGACGUGCUUCCUGUAUUCUCCAAAUACAAAUAACUUCACUUGCACUUUUUCAUGAGAGCACUUGUAUAGUUAAGUGAGUGUUUGCAACUUGUGUGAAGACAACUGUGGUUUAUUGCUAAAAUUACUCUGAUAACAAACAUUAUAAAUUGUAUCAGAUAAUGCAUAACUGAGAUUGAAAUGAUGAUCUUAACGGUUAUAAAUUUUCUUUGUGACUCUGUUCUUGUAAACCAUGUAAUAAAAUCAUUGCAUAGUUUAAAGACAUAUUUGCUCCUUUCCUCUGGAACUGAUAGUCUUUUUUUUUUUCUCUUUCUCUCUCAGAGACAAAAAAUGAUUAUACAUACCAUUUAGUACACUUUACUCACUUAAUGUGUACUACCUAGGUGUCCUGACCACUUUCUGGUCUGAAGCUCAUGAGAAUUAAGAGGUGUUGCAGCGGGUUCAUUGAUCUGUUGUAUGUUUUAAAUUGUGCUUAUAGCAUCCUUGAUACAAACAAUCAAAAAAUAGUUUUGUCCUCUGCAUACAGUGUUAAAACAAAGUGUUCCAUUUGUUCUAUAUCUAUCUGGCUUAACAUGUUUAAUUUUUGUCUCUUUAGGAUCUUUGCAUUCAUGGGGAGCUGUGUUCACAAUCAGUUUAUUUUUAGCUGUUAAUUAUUUAGACCUUGAUUCUCAUACAAAUUGUAAAAUGCAUUUAAUUGAAUAUUAAUAAAAAAUGUCAAGUUAC